UUUCGCUUGGUCCGAAAUGGGCUUUCAUUCUGCUGCUGCAGCACUUUCUCUCCAUCUUUUGCAGCCCCUCCCUUGCAUACUUCUCCUCCCCUUUGCCCACACAUCUGGAAGCCAGCUCCUCAUUUAUUUGUUUUUUUUCCUUCUUUCUCCAGAGUUUUGCUUUAAAGAAAAAAAAAAGUUCUUUACCUUGUCAUGCAAUUACAUCUCAGUAUGCAAUUAUACUGAGACUUUCUCCCGCCCCCUUCAAUCUGCAGCAGUGGCCGUGCUCACAUGGCAGUAGACGGAAAUAGAAUAGCUUCAUGUCUGUUUGGACCGUGGCCCGGCACAAACUAUGCUCCGCCGCUUGACUGUCAGUAGGAUGUUGGCUUUCUCCAGCCAGGCCAGUCUGUGCAGUGCUUUACUCCGGCAGGGCUACAUAACGCGGCUGCGGGACGGAAAAAACUGAAGGAGACAGAAGAAGAACUAAGUGGUGUUGCUAUGAAUCCCGGCGGGAACACUUAACCUUUUUAGACCACAGAGCGGGGGUGAUAAACUGAAGCGGGAAGGUGGACGAAAGAAUGGCAACGCCGCAGUGCAGCUCCAGGCAGAGCAGCUCGCUAUCUUCUUCUCCGAGCAGUAGUCGCAUACAAUGCCUGCAGGUGGACUCGGUCCAGCGCUGGAUGGAGGACCUGCGUCACAUGACGGAGGUGGAGUGCAUGUGCGUGCUCCAGGCCAAACCCAUCGAGGUCGAGGACGAUGCCCAGCAGGCCGAGCUGAUCGUGUCCGGCAGGGCGGUGACAGGAGAGGCGGCAGUGGGGGACCACGUGGCCCGCAAUAACCUGCAGACACUGCUUCGCCGGGCCCUCGUCGUUAGCACCGAGCUGGGUAAGAUGUUCCAGCGGCUGGAGAAGGGACGCUGGCAGAGGGUCCACAGUACAGCGGUGCGAGCAAAUUGUCACGUGCGCUCCCUGGUGCAUGAGUACAGCGCAGCACGCGGCACGCCGCCAGAGAUGCAGAAGUUUGAGACAUCUCUUCUGGGGAAGUGCAUGGAGCUGACGAAUAUCACAGAAAGGUGCAUUCACACCGAGGACGAGUUCUUCCUGAAGUCCAUGAGAGAUGCCAUCCACGAGAUCCUGACGGAUGUCAGUGAUUCAUUCAGCAACAUGAUUGACAUGGCAUUAGCCAAUGAGAUCCAGGUUCUGAUCAAGCAGAUUGAAUCUUCAGAUAACGUCCACACCAUCGGCAGCGCCAUCAGCAACCUGCUGUCUCUCACCCAGGAUGGACCGCAGCUUUGCAGCAUCAUCGCCAAGGAAGGCGCGGUGGUGUCGCUGUUCAAGAUCUGCCGGCAGGAUCGCUUCAAAGGCCUCUACGCUCACGCUCUGAGGACCGUGGCCUCCAUCUGCUGCGUGGAGGAGGGCAUCAAGCAGCUAGACAAGGUACCCACGCACCCAUCCAUCCACUUGGAAAACAAAUCAUGCUCUCAUAUUGAUCUGCAGUCUUCAGGGUGUGGGUCAGCGGCGGUGGUGGCGCAGAUCACGUCGCCGCAUCACACGUCCACGCAACACCUGGCCAGCUUCCUGGAGAGCAUGCACGACAUCGUCACCGCGCUCAUCAAUUUGUGCGAGAGCGCCUCCUGCGGCGAGGUCUUCCUUCUGGCGUCGGCGGCCCUUGCCAACAUCACCUUCUUCGACAGCAUGGCCUGCGAGAUCCUGUUGCAGCUCAACGCCAUCCACAUCCUGCUGCAGGCGUGCAAGGACCGCCAGAGGGUGGACACCCCUUACUCCAAAGACCAGGUGGUGACUAUCUUAGCCAACCUCUCUGUUUUGGAGCAGUGUGCGAGUGAAGUCCUGCAGGAGCAAGGUGUGGAGAGGCUGCUGCUGCUACUGGGCGAGAGGCCGUCCUCCUCCAGCCCGUCCGAGGGCGCCGCCUGCGAGCGUGUGCAGCAGAAAGCCGCUGUCACGCUGGCGCGCCUCAGCCGAGACUCCGAUGUCGCUCAGGCUGCCAUCCAGCUCAAAGCCGUUCCUCGUCUCAUCGAGCUGUGCCGAUCUCCGACGGAGAGAAAUAACAGCGACUCGGUCUUGGUCGCUUGCCUGGCGGCCUUGAGGAGGCUGGCCUCAGUGUGCCCGGACAGCAUCGAAGCGGCAGAUCAUCAGCAAUUGAUCAAACCGCGCUUGGUCGACUCCUUCCUCCUGUGCUCCAACAUGGAAGAGAGCUUUGUGUGACGCUAACAUGCUAAUAAUACGCAUCCAACGCUGACUGCUCAAGAAGUGGUAAACAUUCCUUGACUGAACCACCGGACAAAACUAUGCGAAUGGAUGUAGAGACAUUUAUGUGUGUAUGUGUG